CGCACACUGAGUGUGAGUUAGCCUGAUGCAUUCUGGGAGAUUCCGAUGUCUAUGGUGCAGCAGGCAGGCUAGUCGAUCCGGAUCUCAUCGCUGAGUCUCCAGCGUGUUGUUGCAGCGUCAUCCUGUUUGAAUGAAGUUCAGACCCACAACGAGCCUUCAACUCUUGAUUUGCUCCCCGGUGAACCGAAACAGGAAAGAAAAAAACAAAAACUCAGGACCGAGGAAGGGAGAGAUUGACAACCAUGCCGGUGUUUACGGUAAAUGUGAAAUGGGGCAAAGAGAAGUUUGAUGCUGUGGAGCUGAACACAGAGGAGCCACCCAUGGUUUUCAAGGCUCAGCUUUUCGCUCUGACAGGAGUUCAACCAGACCGGCAGAAGGUCAUGGUGAAGGGAGGCACUCUAAAGGAUGAUGAGUGGGGUAACAUAAAGCUGAAAAAUGGAAUGACUCUUCUGAUGAUGGGGUCAGCAGAAGCUCUGCCCGAGGAACCGGCGGUCCGGCCCAUGUUUGUGGAGGACAUGACUGAGGAGCAGCUGGCCUCAGCGAUGGAGCUGCCGUGUGGGCUGACAAACCUGGGCAACACCUGCUACAUGAACGCCACGGUGCAGUGUCUGCGCUCUGUUCCUGAGCUGAAAACAGCCCUGAGAAGGUAUUCAGGAGCUCUGCGAUCCUCAGGAGCAAAUGCACCGUCACAGUACAUCACAGCAGCACUUCGUGAUUUAUAUGAAACGAUGGACAAGACUUCGUCCAGCCUCCCCCCCAUUAUUCUUCUGCAGUUCCUUCACAUGGCCUUCCCACAGUUUGCUGAGAAGGGGGAUCAGGGACAGUACCUUCAGCAGGACGCUAACGAGUGUUGGUUGCAGAUGAUGAGAGUCCUUCAACAGAAACUGGAGCCGCUUGAACCAGAAGCUGCCAUGGAGACCGAUUCUGAGAGCGGAGCUGCUGCUGCCUCCUCCAAGAAGAACUUCAUCGACCAGUAUUUUGGAGUAGAAUACGAAACUAGUAUGAAAUGCACAGAGUCUGAAGAAGAAGAACCAAUCAAAGGCAAGGAGAGUCAGCUGCAGCUCAGCUGCUUCAUCAACCAGGAGGUCAAAUACCUUGCAACGGGAUUAAGGCUGAGACUGCAGGAGGAGAUCACAAAAAUGUCUCCAUCCUUGGACAGAAACGCCCUGUAUAUAAAAUCUUCAAAACUUAGUCGUCUUCCUGCCUACUUGACUGUUCAGAUGGUUCGAUUUUUCUACAAAGAGAAGGAGUCUGUGAAUGCUAAAGUUCUAAAGGACGUCAAGUUCCCGCUCAUGCUGGACGUUUAUGAGCUGUGCACCGCGGAGCUCCAGGAGAAGAUGCUGCCCAUCAGGUCAAAGUUCAAAGAGGUGGAAGACAAGAAGCUGGAGAAGCAGCAGCAGAAGGUGUUGAAGAAACCAGAUGCAACAAAAGAGACGAAAUACGAGCCGUUCUCGUUCCCGGGUGAUAUUGGCUCCAACAACAGCGGCUACUACGACCUGCAGGCCGUGCUGACGCACCAGGGCCGCUCCAGCUCGUCGGGUCACUACGUGGGGUGGGUCAAGAGGAAAGACGACGAGUGGGUGAAGUUCGACGACGACAAAGUGAGCGUGGUCACUCCGGAGGACAUCCUGCGGCUGUCGGGGGGCGGAGACUGGCAUAUAGCCUACGUUCUACUGUACGGACCUCGCCGGCUGGAAAUACUUGAAGAGGAGCAGUAGUUCCAUUUCUAAGACGAUUGUUCACUUACAAAUUGCCAUUUCAAAGCACUGUCUGCAUAGAUGUGCAAUAAAAUUUGUGUCUUUGAAGAUUUGAUGACCUUAAUUCUUUUUUUUUCUUUUGUAACCAACACAGAUGCUUGUAAAAACAAAUUCCGGCUUUGGUAACGAUGUGAGUGGCAAUCACUGGACUGGAUCCUCGAGGUUUUAAAGUGUCGCUUUGCAGUUUCAUUAAAUGUUUUAUACACAUUGUAUAUUUUUUAAGCCUUUCAUAAGGUGAUCAUAUGAGAGCAAAAUAUUAAUCAUUUAAUCAACAUGUGUAAAAAUCCCUCAUUUGAACUGUUUGUUUCUGAAUUUCUGGCCUUUUUUUGUGGCAGAUUUCUAACCGAGAAGCGUUUCUGUACUAAAGGUUCUCCUGCAGGAACUUCACAGAACUCGACUCCUGUGGUUCUGUUUUGAUAAAUGAGGUUCUGUCUGCCAAAUUGUCAUUCAUGCUUUUUUUUUUUUUUUUGAUGGGGAGGGAUGGAACCAGGUUGCCCUUGUGGUGAACUUUGUGCAUAUAAAUAAAAGCUUCAGACUAAAA